AUGUCUUCGCAAGCGUCGAUUCCAGACGCUGACCUCAAGUCGCUCGCUUCGAUCGUCAAGAGAAAGUUUGACGUGGCGAUCGCCGAAGGAGACGCAUUCUUCUACCCAUCCGAAAAGAUCACUCUUCAAGAAUCCGAGUCCACCGGCAUCUCGUGGCAGAUUCGGACCGUUCUCGCACUUCUCAAGAAGCCCAAGUCCGCCGACACCGCACCAACGCAACAGACCUCAAAACCGGAACAGAACAAGUCCGAUGUAUUCGCCCCACCAUACGUCCCCAACCUUCACGUCACCGAUCUGGGCCCGGACCAUGUUCUCCUGCUCAACAAGUUCUGCGUAGUCCCACAGCACUUUCUCCUCGUAACACGCACUUUCGAAAGUCAAGAACUCCCACCGUCUCCAGCCACACUCUCGCUCGCCUAUCGAAUCGUCUCCACCCAUCGUGGCGAAACCGAGUUGCUGGCGUUCUACAACUGCGGCACGACUUCCGGUGCAUCUCAACCGCACCGUCAUUUGCAAUUUGUCCAAUGUCCACCGCUCGACACCACCGGAUCCGAUGCGAUCGAAUGUGGGAGGUUGACUGCGGAAGAGCAGGACAAGAUCGUAGAGAGCGAAUACAAGAUUCCCGUAGAAUCGCUGCUGGAACGCAUCGAGAGAGAUGGGAAGGAGCAGAGCAGUGUUCACGCGUUGCCGCUGCCUUGGCAGCAUUUCGUCGUGUUGAUGGAACCAACGGCUGCGAUGAGGAAGAACGAAGGUGAGAUGGAGAGGUACGUCGGAAACAAAUUUAUGGGGUUGUUGGACGCUCUGUUCCGAGCGAGGAUGUUCGCAGGUGAGGAGGGCGGGAAGAGGGAAAGACCGGCGUUCAACGUGUUGAUUACGAAGAGGGCGAUGCAUCUCAUCCCCCGAUCGAAAGAAGAGUACGAUGGGCUGGACGGCAAACGAGAGGAUGGAAAGGUGGGGAACCUUUUGAUCAACUCUUUGGGUUACGCUGGGUUCAUGUUGACGAGAUCGGUGGAGGAGCAGGAGGCGUUGAAGGGGGUGGAAGGAGGGGUGGAGGAGGUGUUGAGGGUGACGGGGGUGUCGCCGGUCGAGGAUGUGACUGUCCAGGCUGGUUUGCCAACGACGAACAUAUAG